UUGGAACACCACAAUGUUUCCAUUCUCGACCUGGAUUGCACAUUUCAUCUUGAGCCCAUUGUGAAUUUUAAGAUGCAAGCUACAUCCACUAUGGCUGUGUUGAACACUAUGGUCAUCCUUUUCCAGCUUCCUCAAUUAGUGAGGACCAUAAACACCAGCUUCUUCCCAUGUGACGCUGACAUGAAUGCUACCUAUGUAGACUGCUCUGAAAGACCACUCAAGCGUGUCCCCAUCAUCAAGUCUGAAAGUGUCCUGUGGCUCAGUUUAAGUUGGACGAAGAUACAGCAGGUGGGGCCAGAUGACUUAUCAGGUCUCAAGAACCUUCGCACUCUGAAAAUCGUUGGAAAUUGUCUGCCAGGUCUCCUGAGAGAUUACAGUGACCGCUCGUGCAAGAUGGAGAUCCAUGAUGAUGCCCUCAGGAGCCUGUGGAACCUUACAUUUGCUAAUCUGUCAGGAAACAGCCUCACCCGUAUACCUUGGUUGCCUGAAAGCCUGAAAAUUCUCGAUCUGCGUGAGAACUGCAUCUCCCACAUUAUCCAACCUUUACAAACACCGAAUCUCGAAGCGUUCUAUCUCUCCAAGAACUGCUUUUAUGCAAACCCUUGUGGCCAGCCCUUUAACAUCAGCGAGGAGGUUUUCAGAGGGCUCCCUAAACUGAAAAAUCUUACUUUGGGGUAUAAUAACUUGACAGCUAUCCCUGUAGGGCUUCCACGCUCACUAGAGCUACUGGAUUUGAGGGAGAAUACAAUCACAGAGGUUUUAGAAGGAGCAUUUGCUAACCUGACUUUCCUCAAUCAUUUAAUUUUGGAGUGGAAUUGCCAGCGUUGCGAUCAUGCUGCCAGGCCCUGCUUUCCUUGCCCAGAUAACCGUCCAUUAAAACUACACUCCAAGUCAUUCUAUGCUGAGAACAGCUCCAUCACCUUUCUAAGCUUGAGAGGAAACUCUCUAAGAACAUUUCCAGAGGGGCUUUUCCGACCUUUGAGGAAUUUAAAGGGCUUGGACCUCUCUGACAACCUCCUGGCAUACGAUAUACGGAAUGGCACCUUUUUUGCAGAUCUGAAGGGCCUCACUUGGAUUAGCCUCAUCUAUAACUAUGAACCGCUGAAAACAUUCCGAGAACUGGUCCUCUCCCCACAUAUUGGCAACAUAUCUGGUCUAAAAACUCUUCUUCUGAGUGGCAACUUUUUCCACAUCGUUUCAAACGAGAGCCUGGACGUUCUGUCCAAGCUUGAAAAUCUAAAGAAAUUAGAACUGAGAAUGAACUUCAUCAAUACUUGCAGCUUGAAAGCUCUGACACGAUUGCCGUCUCUUAUCAAUAUUGACCUCUCCCAAAACAUCCUUAGUUUCCUUCCGGGCUGCUCAAGUCCGUCAGCAGAGAUUGCAGCACAGGAAAGCUGUCAGAGGCAGAACUUGUACACACAUGAUUUUACUGCGCCACCGUUAAUGCUGAUAGAUCGAAAAAUCACACCUAGAAGUGACAUCCUGGAAUCCAACCAGUUAAAUGGGCCGGAAUUGUUGGGGGACGCCGGGUCAAAAUCUCCAUCGCAAUGGCGCAGUUAUUGUCUAAAUAAAAUGUCAUUUGACCUGUCUCAAAAUGACAUCAUGUCUCUUCACAAAGAGGUGUUUGUAGGCAUGGAAAAUGCUGUUUGUUUAGACCUUUCUUUCAAUUAUAUGAGCCAGGCAUUGAGGGGCGGGGUAUUCAAUAGCAUGAAAGAUCUGGUUUUUCUUAAUUUGUCAUACAAUAGGCUGGAUUUUUAUUACAACGAGUCUUUCAGUGAGCUUAACGCCACUCUUAAGGUGUUAGACCUCAGCAACAAUGAGUUUCACUUCAAGAUGAGAGGCAUGGGCCAUCGCUUAGUCUUCAUUCAAGGUCUGGCUAACUUGGAAGUUCUAAAUCUGGCAAACAACGGCAUUGGGAUGCGAAUAGAUGAACGGCUGGUGAGCAGCUCUCUGAAGUACCUCUACUUCAGUGGAAACAACCUGAACAUUAUGUGGGGGUAUGACAACAACAGGUACACAUAUUUCUUCCAAAACCUGACAAGUCUCACGUACCUGGACAUCUCCACCAAUGAACUGAACUCAAUCUCACCGGAGGUGCUGUGUAGCCUCCCAAGAAACAUUGAGACCCUCAUCAUCAGCAACAAUGAGCUGAACUACUUCCCAUGGCAAAACAUCUCAGCACUCAAAAAUUUAAGUCGCCUGGACCUCAGUCAGAACAGGCUCACCUAUUUGCCUCCUGAGGUCACAGAGUUUGGAGAAUCUGUAUCUCUCUUGGACCUCAGUCACAAUCACUUCAGCUUUAUUCCUCAGAAAUUCUUCAAUAAGGCAGGAUCCUUGCAGUAUUUGUAUCUCAGCCACAAUCAGAUCAAAGAGUUGAACCAACAGUUUCUCCCUGCCCCCUUUAAAAAAGGUAGCGCCCUUCAGAAACUCACCCUGCACGCCAACCCCUUCAAAUGCGACUGUGUUACGUCUUGGUUUGCGGACUUUUUGCGCAGCACUCCUAUAACGAUUCCUCAUCUCACCACACUUGUUCACUGUCAAUUCCCGGAGUCCCAGCAGGGCGAGAGUAUUCUGUCUAUGGACCAGCGUUCAUGCCAGGACAUAUAUGGUGGCUUAGCCUUCCUUGUCUGCUCCUUCUUGGCUGUGGCGUUCACUGUCCUGCCCCUACUGAAGCAUCUCUACGGCUGGGACCUGUGGUAUUGCCUACAGGUACUUUGGGCAGAACAUAAGGGCUAUACCCAGCUGGGUGGGAAUGAUUCGAAUCAUCACUACGACGCUUUUGUGGUGUUCGAUACCAGCAACAAUGCUGUGAGGGAUUGGGUCUACAAUGAGUUGUUGGUCAACCUAGAGAACUCGGAUCACAGGAGGUUUUGUCUCUGUUUGGAGGAGAGGGACUGGAUUCCUGGGCUGUCAUGUAUUGAAAAUCUACAUAAUGCCGUGUACAGCAGUGUGAAGACAGUGUUUGUGCUGUCCAGUGCUGCUGCUGGUAGUGAGACAGUGAACGGUGUGAUCCGCCAGGCUUUCUUCAUGGUUCAGCAGCGGCUUCUGGAUGAGAAGAUGGAUGCAGCUGUGCUGGUUCUGCUCGAUGAGAUGUUUCCCAAACUGAAGUACCUUCAGCUGAGGAGAAGGCUGUGCAGGAAGUCUGUGUUGUCCUGGCCAAGGAACCCAAGGGCUCAACCCCUUUUCUGGAACCGUGUGAGAAUGGCGCUGUCAUCAGAUAAUCUCAAAUUUUACGACAACAACAUGAGUGAAAGUUUUAUGUGACCACCGUCUAACGGCUGAUCGAGAACACUUAGGUUAUUGAGAAUUUUCAUCUUCUCAUUACACUCACGUUGACAAACUUAGCCUGUCUUGUGUCCCAAUGACAGCUACAUGGUUGAUGUUCUUAAUAUGUAAGAAUCAUUUAAAAAAAAAAAAAUCAAAAGUAAAAACCUUUGCACCUUUGUAACCUUUCUGUUGUUUCACUCGACUGUUAAAUAAUAACAGGUUUUCAUGUCAUUAUUUCGACUUUGCAUCUCAUAUUCAGGAUUUUUAUAUCAUGACUUUGACUUUUGACUUUUUCUGUCAUUAUUUUGGUAUUUUUAAAAACUAAUGUUUAAUGUUUCCAUGUAAAACAUUUUCUUUCCAAGCUUGUGUUCUGUUGUUUUAUCCAAAGAAAACUGUUGCUGAUUCUUUAAAGGCUCUCUCAUGCAGUUUCUGUUUUGUUUCAUGCUGCUAUUGUUGGCAGCAAAUUAAUCAAGUUGCUGUAUUCAUUGUACACUGAGACAUCUAUAUACGACUGUACAAAUAAACUGGACCUGGUGUCACUCGA